CAUCCAGACAUGCCCACCGAGACCCUGCCGUCGCUGGCAGAUAGCAAACCCACCUGCCCCGGGGCGGCCUUUGUCUCCGCUGUCCCCCUGCGCAUACUCAACAAGGGACCCGAGUACUUCCGGCGCCAGGUGGAGACCAACCCUAAGCGGCUGAGCGCCGUGGAGCGGCUGGAGGCGGACAAGUCCAAGUACGUGAAGAGCCAGGAGGUCAUCAACGCCAAGCAGGAGCCUGUCAAGCCCCAGCUGCUGGCCAAGCCACCUGUCUGCCCCGCCGUGGCCAAGAGAGGGGCGAAUGGUGGCGGUUGUGGUGGGGUGGCCCUCAAGACAUUCAAUAACAACUCCAAGUCGGACACGUGCGCCACCACCAGCAAACGGGAGAACCUUAACCUGGAGAUCCUCAAGAACCUCCUGAACAGCUCCGGCUCGGUCUCUGAGGGCCACGCUAAGAGCGCUACUCUAAAGCCUGGGGCCAGGAGCUUGGCCCCCCACCGCUCCACCCCCACACCCACCACAGACUGCACUGAGCCCACCAGCCUCCGUUCCGUCGCCAAGUCCCUCAAGGUGCCUCCGCCUGCACCCGGCCGACGGAGCCCCCAGGGGGGAAACCUGAACCUCAGCCGCCGGCUGCUGGAGGAGCGGGGCGAGGGCAAUCACUCACCCCUCCACGCCUCCCACAGCUCCUCUGACAUCCGCAGGCUGUGCAACGGUAAGCCUCUAAGGGCGGCCCGAAGCAGCAGCAGCUCCGCACCUCCCUUACCCCCCAAGCCCAGUACCAAAGUCCUGGCCCCCCUCUGCGACAAUGCCCUUCAGGCCCCUGAGAGGGAGCCUGCGCCGCCCUCCUCUGCCACCCCAGAUGAUCAGUUGGAGCUAGAGUUGGGGAGCUCGUUGGCCCGCCGGCCCUCUCUGCACCGCUCCAAGUCGGACCUGAGCGACCGGUAUGCGCGAGCAGGCGCCGACGUGGAACGCUUCUUUAACUACUGUGGCCUGGACCCUGAGGAGCUGGAGAGCGUGGGCGUGGAGAGCUUUGCCCGCGCCAACUCCGACAUAAUCUCCCUCAACUUCCGCAGCGCUAGCAUGAUCAGCUCGGACUGUGACCAAUCACGGCAUAGCAACGAGGACAUGACGGACGAGGAGGAAGACGUGAGCGAACGCGUGCCGUACGGAAUCUCGGCCGUGGAACGAAACGCCCGCGUCAUCAAAUGGCUGUACAGCAUCAAACAGGCACGCGAGUCGCAGAAAGUGUCUCAUGUCUAAAAGAGAAGGAAGAAACAAACUAUUAGAUGGUCCUUACAACAAAACAAAAAAAGACUUCCGAUGGAAUGAAGGUCUUUGGACACUCUGAAUCUCUGAAUGUCAAAGUAUUGACUGGCAAGAUGCCCUUGGAUGGAUCUUGCGGUCGCUUUUGCGUUCAGUGUUUGUUGUCCUCUGAAUCUGCAUGGCUCCUCCCACCCACCCGCCACUGCGGCCUCCAGCUAAAGCAACAGGUUUAGGAAAAAAUGCCCUUUUUCAAGAUGGCAGCAGUUCAGUUCUGUCUCUUCGAGCAGUACAGCUCUCUCUCAUUGUUUUGCUUUCUGUCUGUUUAGACCAGCACAAUGAUGCCAGCUCUUUUUAGAUGUGUCUUCUUAAUGUCCUUUCUUUCUGAACAACACUGAGCCUGGAAGCCAUACGGGUGUGAAUGCAGCGAUUCAGUGUGUAACCAGUCUUUAGUCUGAUAAUUCUGAGCUUUGAGUGUCUAUAGAAAAAAACUCCCUUGAAAAAAGGGCUGUGAAAGCAUGGAACAGUCCAAACCUGCUUCACCCCUUUGGUACCAGGAGAGUUUGUUUGGUACAUUCCAGACCCUGCCCCUUUCCCGGGGAAACCCCAGAUUGAUCCCCUUUUUCAGUGUUACCAUGGUGAUAGCAUUCAGGCAGCAUCAUGAAAUCAUUCAGCAUUACGUGGUUUUUGCUUCUGUUUAGUUUGUUGUCCAUAACAUUCUCAUUGGCAGUUUGAUUUUGUGGUACUUGCUUUUCUUUAAGAUAUGUGUAAAUGCUGUAAAUGCUGAAAAUGUAUAUAAUUUCAAAACUGUUAGAUGUUUGUCAGAGGGCGCCUGUUAAGCUAACUUACUACAUUGUUCAGUCUUCUCCCUGGGCUUGAAUGUGAGACUGCGUCAAACCCAGUUCAUGAUCAAAUUUUUACAACGUUAUGAUGACAUACACUACCGUUCAAAAGUUUGGGGUCACUUAGAAAUGUCCUUGUUUUUGAAAG